GCGCAUUCAGUGGCACCACCAACCUUCUUGACCUCCUCCCGCCUAUACAUAACACUUAGCCACAGGCCACAGCCCCGCUCCAAUCACACACCCAGUGCAGCUAGCUACCACGAUGGCGCUUAUUAGCACGCGCAACGCCGUCGUCGCCGCGGCGAUAAUGCUGAUGGCGGCGGCCGUAGGAACGGCGGCGGCGGAGGUGUCGUGCGGGGACUCGGUGAGGGCGCUGAUCCCGUGCGGAUCGUUCCUGGUGGGAGCGGACGCGGCGGCCGCGCCGAGCGAGAGCUGCUGCCGGGGCGCGCUGGCGCUGCGGGGGAUGGCGUCUACGACGGCGGCGCGGCGGGAGCUCUGCAAGUGCCUGAUGCAGUCAGGCCCGUCGUUCGGCGUGCUCCCGGACCGCGCCAGGCAGCUCCCGGCGCGCUGCAACCUCGGCGUCGCCAUCCCCGUCGGCCCCGAAACCGACUGCGACAAGAUACCGUAAGCAGCGGGCGAUGGUUGGACGUACGGAUCGCGUUGCUGGUGGCAUGCAUGAAGUGGCGAGAUGGAUGGACGGAGUGUUUGCAUUGCUCGGUUGCUCCCGGGGUUCACCGUUGAAUAAUUAAGCACUGAUGCUAGUACUACUAGUACUCCUAGCUUAGUAAUAAAACUGUUUGUGUGGACGCAUGUACUGUUUCCUCACGUACGUGUUCAAUAACAGAGAGACGGCGGCCUGUUUGGUUGGUAUCUUGGGUCGUCUCCGGAAACUGUUUCCGAGCUGCGAAUAUGACUCUCUGUAAGAAUCAAGGUUUUGGCUGCCGAGUGAGGUUUUCUACCUCUUCAAAAAGAACACUAACGAUCGGGCAUUCGCGCU